AUGGAGCAGAGAGAGCUGGUUCCCAGUGCCAUCGGCGCUCCCCCAGGACAUUCUAGCCUUCGGCACUCGACCUUUGUCAGGCGUAGUGACUGCUGCAUGCUGGGGAAAGUGGGCACAGUCCAAGACCAAUCCAUGCUGACUUCUUCAUUCCCGAUGUGCUGUUCCACUUGCAGGUGCAAAGAGAAGAAAUACAAUUAUGAGAAUUUGCCUAGUACCUCUGUUGUCAUAGCAUUUUACAAUGAAGCUUGGUCAACACUCCUUCGGACAGUUUACAGUGUCCUGGAGACCUCCCCAGACAUUCUGUUAGAGGAAGUUAUCCUGGUAGAUGACUACAGUGACAGAGAGCACCUGAAGGAGCGUCUGGCCAACGAGCUGUCGAGGCUGCCCAAGGUGCGCCUGCUCCGUGCCGGCAAGAGGGAAGGCCUGGUUCGGGCCCGGCUGCUGGGAGCCUCUGUAGCCAGGGGUGAUGUGCUGACCUUCCUGGACUGUCACUGUGAAUGCCAUGAAGGGUGGCUGGAGCCGCUGCUGCAGAGGAUCCAGGAAAAGGAGUCGGCAGUGGUGUGCCCCGUGAUUGAUGUCAUUGAUUGGAACACCUUCGAGUACCUGGGCAACUCUGGAGAGCCCCAGAUCGGUGGCUUUGAUUGGCGGCUGGUGUUCACCUGGCACGUGGUUCCCCAGCGGGAGCGGGAUCUGAUGCAGUCCCCCAUCGAUGUUAUCAGGUCUCCAACAAUGGCUGGGGGACUGUUUGCUGUGAGUAAGAGAUAUUUUGAAUAUCUGGGGUCUUAUGAUACAGGCAUGGAAGUUUGGGGAGGAGAAAACCUCGAAUUCUCCUUUAGGAUCUGGCAGUGCGGUGGCACUCUGGAAACACACCCCUGCUCCCAUGUGGGCCAUGUGUUCCCGAAGCAAGCUCCCUACUCCCGCACCAAGGCCCUGGCCAACAGUAUGCGUGCUGCUGAAGUGUGCAUGGAUGAAUAUAAAGAACUGUACUACUACCAAAACCCCUGGGCCCGUAUGGAACCCUUUGGGGAUGUGACAGAGAGGAAGAUGCUCCGGGCCAACCUCCAAUGUAAAGACUUCAAGUGGUUCCUGGAGACAGUAUACCCCCCAUUUCACAUACCUGAGGACAGGGCUCUUUUCACUGGGCUGCUCCAGAACAAAGGACUAAACGGAUACUGCUUUGACUAUAACCCUCCUAAUGAAAACCAAGUCGACGGACUGCAAGUCAUUUUGUACCCCUGCCAUGGAAUGGGUCAGAACCAGUUUUUCGAGUACACAUCCAAGAAGGAAAUACGCUAUAACACCCGUCAGCCAGAGGCCUGUGUAGCUGUGGAGGAAGGAAAGGAUGACCUUGUCAUGCAUCUCUGUGAGGACCACGUCCCUGAGGAUCAGAAGUUCAUCCUGCACGAGGAUUGUGAAAGAAGAGGAAGUUCAACAGAGGUAAUGCCCCCAUCCAGGACCAGAACCCACAGGCUCUUAGGGUAGCUAGCUGCUGUGUGU